CAGGUCACAGCAAAGACUGCCUUUAUAUUCAUCUUACCUCAGUAUAACAGCAGCCUUCAAUCUCUGGAGGGUGAGAUUGUCUACUAUCACUACGGGGCAAAAGACUUGGUCACCAUUUUGUUUUACAUUAUCAUAGCAAUCAUACUACAUGCCAUUGUACAGGAGUACGUUCUAGAUAAAAUAAACAGGCGGCUGCACCUUUCCAAGGUAAAACAAAGCCGUUUUAAUGAGUCUGGGCAGCUAGCCGCGUUUCACCUCUCCUCCAUGUUUUGGAGUCUGUAUGUAGCGGGCACGGAAGGCUAUUUAUCCAAUCCAAAGACACUAUGGGAGAGUUACCCCCACGUCUACUUACCUUUUCAAGUGAAAUUCUUCUACCUGUGUCAGCUGGCAUACUGGCUCCAUUCUCUUCCAGAGUUAUACUUCCAGAAAGUGAAGAAAGAAGAAAUCCCUCGCCAGUUGCAGUACAUCAUUUUAUAUCUACUCCAUAUAGGAGGGGCUUAUUUACUAAAUUUGACCCGCUUGGGGGUGAUAUUGCUGCUAUUGCAGUCUGUAUCAGAAUUUCUCUUCCAUAUUGCAAGACUCUUUUACUUCACUGAUGAAAGUAAUCAGAAGCUAUUUAAUGCCUGGGCAGUGGUAUUCGUGGUCUCAAGGCUGUUUACACUCACCCUUUCCGUUCUGACCAUUGGGUUUGGCCUAGCCAGGGCGGAGAUCCACACCUUUAACCCAGACAAGGGAAAUUUUAACACGUUACUUUUUAGGAUGAUUGUACUGCCUCAUGAUGUGCAUUUCGCAGACGUGAUGAUGAUGUGGCGAUUCAUUCAUUUCCAGCUACGUCGUUGGCGGGAGUCUUGUAAGGAGCAGGCUGCCAAGAAGAGGACUGCCAUUGCUCCUGUCAUACCCAAACAACAACUAAAGGUGCUCAAAAAGGAGUCAGGAUAUCACGAAAAUGGACUGCUUAAAGCAGAGAAUGGUUCCACACCUCGACAGAAAAAAAUCAAAGCUCCGUAA